AUGGCCGAGAUCUAUGACACCGACAGAUUUGCGCAAUUGUACUACGCAGAAGGACUCACCUUGGAUAAUCUGGCUCUCGCAGCAAGAUUUCUAAAUACUCUCUUUUUCAUGGGAGACAUCGAGUCAGCUUUUGUCGGAGGCUGGGCGCUUCUCCUGCGCGGAAACACAAGACAGACACGAGAUAUCGAUAUAGCUGUUGGGACAGAUAUGCCCACGCUGAAAGCCUAUCUCGUCCAGCAGGCAAGGGUAUGCUUCCCACAAACUCAUGGAGAAAGCACUGUCACAAUUUUUGUCCAAACUGGAAAGAGCUUUGACGCCGACUACCCGGAUGUUGUCGACUAUCCAGUAUAUGUGGACAUAAUCAUAAGCGGUUAUCUUAACACGCCUCGUCCGUUACACGAAGGUACAGAGUUUAUAUUUCCAGAAACGGAGAACAUUCAAGGAACAGGCCCGUUUCAGGUGCUCAAUCUCUUCAAUCAGAUGAAAGCAAAGCUCUCAGCUUUCCGCACUCGCGGUAAAUUGUCCAAAAAUGACUUCAUAGACCUGAUUUUCUUGGUAUUCCGGUACUAUGACGACAUUCCUACUUUCAAGCAUAGCUUGAACUCCGAAGAGAUUGCCAUGUUUGUAGAGGAGUAUCAGGAGGUGUACGGCCAAGACGAGGAGUCCGUCGCAUGGGUAAAGGAGGUCUUACAGUAG